CCAACAAAAUAAUCAGGGCGCUAUUGCAAUAGGCAGCUGCUGACUCACCUUGCGGGCACGAAAGGGUUAACCGGAGCCCUGAGCUCAAGUUUCCCAUGUGGGCGGGGCUUAGCAGGUUCCCUCCCUCUUCUCGCUGCCUUGUAGGAAGAAGGAGGGGAGGAAGCAGAACCAGGAAUGAAAUCUCUCCAAAGGGAGAUAUUCCCCUGCCAAGUUCCUUUAUAAUUCCUUUUUCCUUCUUCGCUCUUUUUUUUUUUUUACUGCCUUGUUCGCUGCAGCCCCUGAAACACUUGAACUUUGGGAGAUGGAAAAAGCCAGACUCAGCGGCUCCCUGGGGAGGAAAGGACCCCCACGUCACCCAUACUGGGAGCACUGGGGAGGUCUGGGAAAGGAACGUGCAGCAGAUCCUGGGUGAGGGCAAUGCCAGCUCAGACGUCCAGCGCCAACACUUCCGGGCGUUUUGCUACCAGGAGGCCGAGGGGCCCCGCGAGGUCUGCAGCCGACUGCACCACCUUUACCGCCAGUGGCUGAAGCCAGAAAAGCACACCAAGGCCCAGAUGCUGGACCUGGUGGUCUUCGAGCAGUUCCUGACUAUCCUCCCCCCGGACAUGGAGAGCUGGGUCAGGGAGUGCGGAGCGGAGACCAGCUCCCAGGCCGUGGCCCUGGCAGAAGGCUUCCUCCUGAGCCAGGUGGAAGAGAAGCGGCAGGAAGAGAAGGAGCAGGUGAGAGCGCUUUUCUUUAAAUCAUGGGAGUACGGAGGCUGA